AGAGCAGCGCGGGCAGCGAUGGCCGGCGGGGAGCAGGGCGCGCCCGGCGGCCCCGAGCGGGUGGCGCUGAAGAAGGAGAUCGGGCUGGUGAGCGCCUGUGCCAUCAUCAUCGGUAAUAUCAUUGGUUCUGGGAUCUUUAUUUCCCCGAAAGGAGUGUUGGAGCACGCCGGCUCGGUGGGACUGGCUCUCAUCGUGUGGGUGCUCGGCGGCGGCGUGGCCGCCCUGGGCUCGCUGUGCUACGCGGAGCUGGGGGUCACCAUCCCCAAGUCGGGAGGGGACUACUCCUAUGUCACAGAGAUUUUUGGUGGGUUAGCUGGGUUUCUGCUGCUGUGGAGCGCAGUGCUUAUCAUGUACCCAACUAGUCUGGCUGUCAUUGCAUUGACCUUCUCAAACUAUGUCCUGCAGCCCGUCUUCCCCAGCUGUAUUCCCCCCUAUAAUGCCUCUAGGAUCCUCUCCAUGGUGUGUUUACUCCUCCUGACCUGGGUGAACAGCUCCAGCGUGCGAUGGGCAACGCGCAUUCAGGAUAUAUUUACAGCAGGAAAACUCUUAGCCCUGACCCUUAUCAUUAUUGUGGGCUUCAUACAGAUCUUUAAAGGAAACUACAAAGAGUUGACACCAAGCAAUGCAUUCAAAUUUUGGAUGACUCCAUCCGUGGGACACUUAGCAUUAGCUUUUCUUCAAGGGUCCUUUGCAUUCAGUGGCUGGAACUUCUUGAACUAUGUAACAGAAGAGCUGGUGGAUCCCCGCAGGAACCUACCUCGUGCCAUAUUCAUAUCCAUCCCAUUGGUGACAUUUGUGUACACGUUCACCAACAUUGCAUAUUUCACUGCCAUGUCACCCCAAGAGCUCUUGUCCUCCAACGCUGUGGCGGUAACAUUUGGUGAAAAGUUACUGGGCUAUUUUUCCUGGGUUAUGCCAGUCUCAGUGGCCCUAUCUACAUUUGGAGGAAUAAAUGGAUACCUUUUUACCUCAUCAAGGUUAUGUUUCUCUGGUGCUCGAGAAGGCCAUUUGCCAAGUUUGCUGGCCAUGAUCCACGUCAAGCGCUGCACGCCCAUCCCUGCCCUUCUCAUCUGUUGUUUGGCCACACUUAUCAUCAUGCUUGUUGGAGACACAUACACGCUAAUCAACUACGUGUCAUUUAUUAACUACCUCUGCUACGGAGUGACAAUUAUAGGCCUGAUUGUUUUACGCUGGAAGAAACCUAAAAUCUUCAGACCUAUCAAGGUGAACCUCCUCAUCCCCAUCACUUACCUGGCGUUUUGGGCAUUUCUGCUGAUCUUCAGCUUAUACUCUGAGCCGGUCGUCUGUGGGGUUGGACUAAUUAUCAUUUUAACCGGAGUGCCAGUGUUUUUCCUGGGAGUCUACUGGAGAAACAAACCAAAGUGUGUAAAUAGGCUAAUAGAGUCCAUGACGUGCUGGGGGCAGAAGCUGUGUUUCGUGGUGUACCCUCAGUGUGGGAGUGCUGAGGAGGAGGCCUCCUCAGCCCACUCCUGGCGGCUGGUGAACGAGACAGCAGUGGGGAAAUAACAACAGUGUGGCCUUCGGGGCUGAAGUGGCUUCUUGUUUACAUGCUGAUUUUUGAAAAAAGUUUUUCUGGAAAAAAAAUUGUUUUAGAGCACCAAUAGUGAAGCCCAUUAAAUGAGCUACAUCCUUUAUGGCCUCUGUAGCUUUUAGUUAUUCCCUAAGGAAAAAAAAAAAAAAAAAAAAAAAAGGAAAAAAAAAGAGAAAUAAAAUGUAAAAUAAGGUGCUGGUUGGUUGGGUUUUUUUCUGGUAGCAUUCCUGCUCAGCAGGGGAAAGCAGCACAGACACAGCUCUGGAAUACUGAUUUUAGUCACCACGAGGGUCCACCAGAGACAUACAAAUGUAAGCAUUUCCAAACGAGGGUAGUUCCUAACUCAAAAUCCAAGUACAGAAAUCAAGAGAAAGCAAGGAGACCCCUUGCUCUCCCUGGGUGGGGUGAAGACACACAUAACAUGAGGCACUGAAGGUACAAUCCAAAGGAUCAGCCCUUCACACACCUGGAGGAGCACAGCACCCCCAGGGCAGCCAGGGCAGGGUGACUGCACUGAGCACAGACCACAGCGGGAACAGCCACAACACCAACAAUGGUCUGCACCCUGUCAGCAUCAUUUUGUGAGGCAGAAAAAAAGAUACAGAAGUAGUGAUCUAAAUCUCAAGUAUCUCAGUUCUGGAGUGAUCUAUAUCCCAAGUGUCUCAGUUUUGAAGCACUAUUGUAAAGGUGGAGGGGGGUUCCUGCAUCCCCAAUGGGACAGGGCUCACUGCACCACCCAGGAAUUCCUGCGUGAAGCCCAGCAGGAUCCAGCUGCCAGCUGGGGAGGAUGGGGACAUGGAGAGGUUUGCAGCAGGCUCAGCAGUGGAACUCAAAGGAAGCACGGGGAAGGACCCUGAUGUCCCUCCUGUCUAUUGAUGUGUCAGGUGGUGUGACAUUGCUUCAGACAGCAAUUCUCCAUUUCAGCUGUGCUCAACCAAGUAACAAGCCUAAAUCACUCACACAUCAGAUGCUCCUUAGAAAGUGUUUUGCAUAUUUUAUUUGUGCCAUACACUAGGAAAAAACCCCUCUUUCGUGCACUUAAUCAAUAUAUAGAGAUUUGCUGCUAUAGCAAUAUGGCCACUUUCACACCAGGGAAUCUUCUGAAAAUGCAAGAUGUGAGAACAGCUCUGAGCUACUAUUCAUUUGCAGUAUUUGAAAACAAAACCUAUCACAUUCAGUAGCCUUGGUAACAGUCAUCUGAAUGUAAUUUUAAAAGU